CUCUCAGCAAGAUGAAUUCUGACUCCAGCUCUAUGUCUAGCAGAGCCUCCUCACCAGACAUGGAUGAGAUGUACUUGAGAGGCCACCAUCACCAUCACCACCAUGACAACCGUCUGAACUCUGUGUCUUCUACCCAGAAUGACCUGUUGCAGAAGAUGUCAGAGGAGGUCCUCUCCAGGCAUGGCUCCAAAGGAGAUGGGGAGAGCAGCAAGUACAAGAUUAAGAAGCAGCUGUCCGAGCAGGACCUGCAACAACUCAGGCUCAAAAUAAAUGGCCGGGAACGGAAGAGAAUGCACGACUUGAACCUCGCCAUGGACGGUCUGAGGGAAGUCAUGCCCUAUGCCCAUGGACCCUCUGUGAGAAAGCUUUCCAAAAUCGCCACCCUUCUGCUGGCAAGAAACUACAUCCUGAUGCUCACCAGCUCCCUGGAGGAAAUGAAGCGCCUUGUGGGUGAGAUCUAUGGGGGCCACCACUCAGCAUUUCACUGUGGGACAGUAGGACAUCCAGCCCCCCACCCUGUCCACCCCCCAAGCACGGUCCACCAGGUUCACCCCAUCCUAGGCAGCGCUUUGUCCUCCAGCACCCCCUCCGGGCUUUCUGCCUCUCUGCCAGGGAUUGGCAACCUUAGACCUGGGCACUCUCUCCUCAAAACACCAGCUACCCCUCCACUCCCUAUUGGCAGCGGGUUCCAGCACUGGGCAGGGCUUCCAUGCCCAUGCACCAUCUGCCAGAUGCCACCACCACCUCAGCUUUCUGCCAUGGCAUCCAGCAUGAACAGGAUCACCGCAGAAUCUAAAGACUUGAUGAAGUAA